AUGUGGAAAAUUUUAUUUUUCACUAUAAUUAGCUUGGCAUAUGCAGGCACCUCUUUAGAAGAGCUCAAAGAAAAUUCUUGCUAUUCAUUGACAAUGUGACUUCAGAGACAAAAGCACAAUGAUUUAGAAAAAGUCAUUGAAGCAAAGCCGCAUUUAGAUGCAUCAAAUAUUAGGACAAAAAUCAUGGAAAGGGCAUUUAAUAAUUGCAUGAGAUUUAUUACAGAAGAAGAAGCGAGAGAAGUUAUUAAUACAAGCCCUUCAAAGCAGAGUAAAUUUGAGCACUUAGUGCCGAUUUUAAAUAAUGGAUUGGAGACUUCGAAAGAUAUUGAGGUGGAUUUUAUGUAUUUUAAGAAGAGAAGAGAUAUUAGGUAUAGAUUGGAAGUGGGAAAUGGAAAGAAAGGUCCUGGAAAAGAGAAAAAGGGCGAUUUAUAA